AUGGUUCAAGGAUCAUCCGCCCGCAUCUUCCCCCCAUCCGCCCGCAUUUUUCCCCCAUCCGCCCGCAACUUCCCCCAUCCGCCCGCAUCUUCCCCCAUCCGCCCGCAUUUUCCCCCCAUCCGCCCGCAACUUCCCCCAUCCGCCCGCAUCUUCCCCCAUCCGCCUGCAUCUUCCCCCAUCCGCCCUCAUCUCCCCCAUCCGCCCUCAUUGCCCCCCAUCCGCACUCAUUUCCCCCCAUCCGCCCGCAUCCUCCCCCAUCCGCCCUCAUCUCCCCCCAUCCGCCCUCAUCUACCCCAUCCGCCCUCAUUUUCCCCCAUCCGCCCUCAUUUCCCCACAUCCGCCCUCAUUUCCCCCCAUCCGCCCUCAUUUCCCCCCAUCCGCCCUCAUUUCCCCCCAUCCGCCCGCAUCUUCCCCCAUCCGCCUGCAUCUUCCCCCAUCCGCCUGCAUCUUCCCCCAUCCGCCUGCAUCUUUCCCCAUCCGCCUGCAUCUUCCCCCAUCCGCCUGCAUCUUCCCCCAUCCGCUUGCAUCUUCCCCCAUCCGCCUGCAUCUUCCCCCAUCCGCCUGCAUCUUCCCCCAUCCGCCCGCAUCUUCCCCCAUCCGCCCGCAUCUCCCACCCAUCCGCCCGCAUCUUUCCCCCAUCCACCCUCAUUUCCCCCCAUCCACCCGCAUCUCUCCCCCAUCUGCCUGUGCAGUCCCCCGGCGUAUUACUUCCGUCCUGGGUACGGCCUCGGAGCAAACAAGUGGCUUAUAUACCUCAUGUCGCUGGUGCCUCCCCCCCAGUCAGUGCUGCCUACGGGCCGACACAGAGCUGGGAUCCACCAAUGCUCGCUUACACCUGAACCUUCUCCCACCUCUUCCCACUACUUCACACCUCUUCCCACUCCUCCCCACUCCUCUGCAGGGCGGUCGCUGGUGCCUCUCCCCCAGUCAGUGCCGUGCCGCCUACGGGCCAACACAGACCUGGGAUCCACCAACGGCUGGCACAAGUCGGGCUCCUCUCCCACUGAUUCCCACACCUUCCUAUUCCUCCCCACUCCUUGUCACACCUGCCCGCUCUUCUGCAGGGCGGGCGCUGGUGCCUCUCCCCCAAUUGACAGCAUGGGAGCGGGGUUUCAGGGCAUGCUGAGCAGCGAUUCGUCGGAAAAUCCGCUCUUCUAUUCCUGGAACACCGUGGCUAUUGACAGCAUGGGAGCGGGGUUUCAGGGCAUGCUGAGCGGCGAUUCGUCGGAAAAUCCGCUCUUCUACUCCUGGAACACAGUGGUUGUGCUGUAUUGCGACGGGGCCAUCUUCUAUGUGCUAUGUGCUCUGCUUCCCCUUCCCACACCCUGCUAUGUGCUCUGCUUCCCCACCCCCUCCCGUUUUCCCUCCAUCCCCUCGUUCCCUUCAUCUAAAUUCGAACAAGAUCUCAACAACAAGGGCAUGCAGCGAGCUGAUUCCGUCCUCCUCACAGGCUGCUCCGCUGGCGCUAUAGCAGUGUCCAUGGCGUGUGAUGCCAUGGCGCAAUUCCACUUCCCUCGCACGGCCAAAGUCAAAUGCCUCAUGGACGCUGGCUUCUUCAUGGAUACCCCAGACAUCAGCAAUCAGUACAGCCUCAGAGGCAUUGUGCAGCGAAUGUUCCGAUUCCACUCCAUGACUGCUGCUGCUGACGACGACUGCCGCACGGUCCUGAUCUCAUCCGUCAUCUCACUCCUUUCGCUUUCUCCUUUUUCGUUCAUACUCCGUUUCUCCUCCCUUCUCCCUUCCCGCUCCCUAGUCUUUCAUCUUCUUUUCCAUGUUCCUCGUGCUCUAACUUUUACUUUCCCCAUUGCCAUUCCCCCAUCAACAGCUUACUGGCGCAGUAAGGAGCUCUGGCGUUGCUUUUUCCCACAGUACAACCUCCAAUACGCCAUGCUCAAGUGCACAUCUCCCCUGCCCGCAUGGGGCAGACGUGGAGAGGAGGGGGCACCGAUGAGCUAUGCUGAAGUGCGCAUCUCCCCUGCACGCAUGGGGCAGACGUGGAGAGGAUGGGGCACUUCCUUGGGAUGGUUUGCCAACUACAUAGGCAAGCUCCCACCUCAUCAGCUCACUUUCCUCCUCGACCUGCUCUUCCAUCCCUCCAUCGGCCUCGGGUUGAACCUCGCCCGAUACCUCAUCGGGGGCAGCUUCAACCCCCUCCUCAGCCCCCAGUUCCUCACAGAAGCCUGCGAAGCCAUGGCGAUUCCUGGUUACCGGGUAACCGCAUCCGCGCCAUCAUCGAGUUGCUGCGUUUCCGCGGUGGAUUUCGGAGCACGUAGUGAUGCUAAGAUGCAUUCCGGCAGACGUGCGAUCUUCUAUUGGCUGCCAGCAGUGCGAGAUGUUAGGUAA